UAGCUACCUGGAUACAGUGCUGUUUUCUGCACUUUGGUCUUGGUCCAGCACAGAGUUAGGUAAGAUUUCAGUCCAUUUGCAUGAAUGGGCAUAAGCUUGGAAGUCUAAAGGAGAGAUGUGCAAGCCAAAUACCCUGGGACACAUCAUAGGCCCUUGCCAGGAAAUACUAGGGAGGCCACAUGUCCUACGGAGGACAGCCCUCUGUUGAAGGCGUCCGAGUCAAGUUUAAAGAUAAAGAACCCAUCAGAAGGAAGAGCAGGAAGAGACUUGAAGUUGCCCGUCAACAGGGAACGCCUGGGCAGCAGGCUGAGCAGGCAAACAGGCCACCUUCCCCACUGUAGUAAAAGGCUUUCUCUCUGUUGGUACAUGCUGGUGGGAGACCUAUAAAGAGAUUAUCCCGGGAUGGUGGAUCACUUGCUUCCUGCGGGUGAGUCCUUCUCAUCUGCAAGGCCUCUUCUCGGAUACUUUGGGGACAUGACAGCAAUCGGCAGGUCGUACCACAUGCUGCCGUCCCCCUUGUCGGAAGAUGACAGCGACUCUUCGAGUUUUUGCUCUUGUUCCAGUCCCGAUUCCCAGGUCCUUAGCUCAAGCUGCGGGAGCUCGUCAAGUGCCGAGAGUCAGGACAGCAUCUUGGACUACUUGUUGUCUCAGGCAUCCUUGGGGAAUGGCCAUGCCUCUUGGUGGGACAAAAGGAGACUUCAGCCUAUUGUGAAGGAGGAGCAUUAUAGGAUGCCCGAAUUCACAGUGGAGAUGGAGGAUUCGGGACCAUUUCAGCCCACCCUGGAGGAAAUCGAGGAGUUUCUGGAAGAGAACAUGGAGACAGAGUUCAAGGAAGGACCGAAAAGUGAGACCAAAGACAUGAGAGCUUGUGGCCAGAUAACUGUGGCUUCCAUGCAGCCCAAAGAUCAUAUGGUACCCAGUAUUAGUUUAAAAGAUAGCAAAAGCGAACAGUCAAGCAGCACGAUGGAUGCCUCAAAUGGGGCCAUGUCCCUCGAUGGGGGGAUCCCAGUCAUGCUCCAAAUCCAACCAGUGCAAGUCAAGCAAGCAUCAAACGCGAGCCCUAGUUCACAGGGACCGGCGCAAGAGAACAUUAAAAUUGCACAGCUCCUGGUCAACAUCCAAGGGCAAACGUUUGCACUUGUGCCACAGCUUGUUCCGUCGUCCAACUUGAACUCCUCCAAAUUUGUCCGUAUUGCCCCAGUUCCGAUCGCUGCAAAACCAAUGGGGCCUGGAGGUACGAUCCAGGGGCAAACGGGGGUCAUCAUGGGUCAAAAGUUUCAAAAGAACCCUGCGGCAGAACUCAUUAAAAUGCACAAAUGUACUUUCCCCGGAUGUACCAAGAUGUACACUAAAAGCAGCCACUUGAAAGCCCACCUGAGGAGGCACACGGGGGAGAAACCCUUUGCGUGUACGUGGCCCGGUUGUGGAUGGAGGUUUUCAAGAUCAGAUGAACUAUCCCGGCACAGGCGCUCGCAUUCUGGAGUGAAGCCGUACCAGUGCCCCGUGUGCGAGAAGAAGUUUGCUCGGAGCGACCAUUUGUCCAAGCACGUCAAAGUCCACCGGUUUCCUAGAAGCAGCCGCUCGAUGCGCUCAGUGAACUGA